AUGGCGUUGUUUCGAAAUAAGAUGAUGCCCGAUGGAAUUGUCGAUGUCUUUGAAAGAAUAUACGUCUUUGACUCCUGUUUCAGAACGGAAACCUGGGAACAAGAAGAAUACAAACGCUACAUGAGGAGAAUCAUAACUCAAUUCAAAGAAAUUAACCCUGAAUUUUCACCUAUGAUUAUGAAUUUACGAGAAGGAAAUACAAUAAACAAGAUCCACCAAGUUUUAGCAGACGACUAUCUUACUAUAAUGGACUACCCUCGGGACUAUGAAGGUUGCCCUGUGCUCACAAUAAAAGUGAUCCGCCAUUUUCUAAAAUCAAGUGAAAGCUGGCUCUCAUUUAGACAACAUAACAUUGUGCUAAUGCACAGUGAGCUUGGUGGUUGGCCUGUGUUGUCUUUCAUGUUGGCUGCUCUUUUACUUGACAGAAAACAUUUCACUUCUGAAAGUAGGGCUCUUGAGAUGGUUCUCAAACAGGCCCCAUCUCAGAAGUUACCCCUGAUGACCGGAUUGGAUCCUACUGCUUCUCAGUUGAGGUACUUACAGUAUGUGUCAAAGAGGAAUGCUGAUGAACAAUGGCCUCCACCAGAUAAAGCACUUAAAUUAGCUUGUGUGAUAAUCAGAAUGAUUCCUGAUUUUGAUGGAAAAGGAGGUUGUUGCCCUGUAUUUAGAAUUUAUGGACGAGAUCCGUUGUUACAAAUUGAUAAAACCUCUAAACUUUUAUUCUCAACCCCAAGGAGGAGUAAGAAUGUCCAGUCUUACAAUCAGGCACAAAUUGAGCUCGUUAAAAUUGAUAUUAAUUGCGAUAUUCAAGGCGACGUUGUGCUGGAGUGUAUUAACUUAAAUGAUGAUCUGCUGAAAGAGACGAUUAUGUAUCGUGCCAUGUUCAACACUGCAUUCCUCAGAUCGAAUACAUUGAUGCUGAAUCGUGAUGAAGUCGAUAUAUCUUGGGAUAAAAAGGAUCAAUUUCCUAAGGACUUCAAAGCUGAGGUACUUUUCUUCAUGUUACUCCUACUUCUUUUCUCCGAAAUGGUCCCUGAAGCUUCUAAGAUCCCAGUAGAUUUGUCUUGUUUUGAAGAAGGGGGGGUCCCGGUAGAAGCAUUUGGUAAUGUUCACGAAAUGUUUAGCAGUGUGGAUUUGCAUGUUCCUCCACCACCUCCUCCUCGUGGUGGUGGAGGAGGACCACAAACACCAAAACCACCAGCGCCGCCACCACCACUACAUAAAUCAGGUCCUUCACCUCCACCAGCACCACCCUCACCCAAAGCAAACCCAGCACCGCCACCACUACCACCACCUCCUUGUGGUGGUGGAGGAGGACUACAAACACCUAAACCAUCAAAACCACCAGCGCCACCACCACCACUACAUAAAUCAGGUCCUUCACCACCACCAGCACCACCCCCACCCAAAGCAAACCCAGCACCGCCACCACCACUGCCUACUCCAGUUAAUAGAAUCAAACAAGCCGAUGCAGGUCCACAAACUCCACCACCACCUCCAGGUUCAAAAGGAGGCGGUGUAACUGCUCCAUCUCCACCACCUCCUAUAAAUAAACCGUGUGUUUUAUCAAUGACAUCUGCGGUAAAAACUCAACCAGCAAAAAAGCUGAAGCCACCGGAGAUUGAUAUGUCAGAACUUGAAACACUCUUGUUAGCAUCAAAUCCGAAUUCUGACAAGGCAUCAAAAACAAAAUCCAAAGCAUCUAAUGAACCCAAAAAAGUACAACUGAUUGAGCAUAGCCGGGCAUAUUACUGUGAAAGCAUGCUUUCAAAGGUGAAGACACCAUUGCCUGCAUUGAUGGAACAUGUCCUUAAUUUGGAUGAAUUAGCAAUGGAUGUUGAUCAGGUGGAUAAGCUUAUAAAGUUCUGUCCUACAAAGGAGGAGAUGGAACUACUUAAGGGCUAUAAAGGAGAACCUGAGAUGUUGGGCAAAUGUGAACAGUUCUUCUUAGAGCUAAUGAAAGUUCCACGUUGGGGAGCGAAACUCGUAGUUUUUUCAUAUAUGAUAAAAUUUAGAGAGGAGGUUUUAGAACUUAGGGAAAGCAUAAACAUUGUAUAUUUAUCAGUAGAACAGCUUAUUAGUUCUGUAAAGUUGAGGAGAGUCAUGCAGACAAUUCUUUCUCUUGGGAAUGCUUUGAACCAGGGAACUAAAAGAGGUGCUGCGGUUGGGUUCAGAUUGGACAGCCUAUUAAAACUUAAUGAAACACGUGCCAAGAGCAAUAAAAUGACUCUCAUGCAUUAUCUUUGUAAGGUGCUUGUAGACAAACUACCUGAACUCCUAGACUUUUCCAAGGAACUUGGCAGCUUGGAGCCUGCAUCAAAGAUACGGAUAAAAAUCAUGGCAGAAGAGAUGCACACGAUUUCAAAAGGAUUAGAGAAAGUAGUCCAAGAAAAGAAAUUGUGUAAAAAAGAUGGUGUGUCUAAAAAAUUUCGGAAGUCUCUGAAAAAGUUUCUUGCUUCUGCGGAACCUGAAGUGAAGUCCCUGGAGACCCCACUUUUCUCAAAGUUGGGUAAAAGUGUGGAUGCGUUAAUUAUUUACUUUGGAGAAGACCCUAAAGAAUGCCGGUAUGAAAAAGUUGUUGACACUUUGCUUAAGUUUGUGAGAAUGUUUAAUCAAGCCCAUGCUGAAAACUGCAAGCAAAUAGAGGCGAAGAAUGUUGCAGAAAAGAAGGCGGCACAGAAAGCAGCCGAACAAGAAAUAUUAAAGGCAGAUGAAAAAAAAAGUCAAAAGUACAAAAUCAUUCGAAAAUGGAGUCAGAAUCAAUAAGAAAUAAAACGGCUAUAGAAAGUGCUGAAUACUUUUUUUGCUUUUUCCCUUUCUAUAUAAUCAAAAAUUGGUGGAAAAAUAGAAGCCGCUUCCUGGUUGCAGCUGCUGGUGUGUGUGUUCCAGCCUUCUUUGAUGAAAAAAAUGGUAAUGAUCUGUUGGUUGAUGAAGAAGAAGAGUUCGCAUGGUGAAUUUCUGCAGUGUGAAGUUUUUAGUUGCAACUGAUUGUGCUGGAGGAUCACCAGAGUGAAGGUUAGUCAUGAUCAUCAAACUUCUAUCAAGAAUUUGAGAAGAUUUUAUUUCGAUGUUUUUCCAUUUAAUUUUAUGAUGAAUUUGACAUAUUAGUGCUGCAACUGACAGCAAAACGUAAAUUUUUUUGUAAUAAUUUAGUGUGAUGGCAUCCUAGCUAGGUCUCACUGAUUUUGCGGAAAACUGCAGUUAAAUCUCUUAGAUUUUGUAGUUCUUUUAUGGAACAUGAGAUUUCAGAUUAAUAAUUGACCACCACUGACAUUUUUGGGGAACUAGUUUAUACACGUUAUGUUAGUUUAUACAAAUGAUGAUUGAUGUAACA